AUCGGAAUCAAAUGCGAUGAUAAAAGAGGAAUUUUGCAGAUUAAUUCUGCUCCAAGAAUCUGAUUCCAAAACAAUUUAAUAUGGCUGCCUUACCUCUUGCAAAAUUUCCACGUAUCUUGAGAACUUCUGGAAGGAUUCCCAAGGGAUAAGGGUUUAUAGAGGUUGCUCUUUAUACUUGAACGCUUUGGGCCUUUCCCAUGGCCGUUGGAUUGGAAUGUUUGUUGACCAUUAACUAUAUUCCAAAUGGAUGGAUCCAGAGGCCAAAUGAAAAAUAGGGAGAUAAUAUUAAGAAACAAUUUGCUCAAUGACAGAAAAGGGCUGUUUCUCCUGAAAUUUGUGUUAUGAAUGGAGCCGAUUGCCAUGCGCAGGUCAAGCAGGUCUUGCUCAUAUGAGAAAUGGGUAGCGAUCGUCUUGACCAUUCUAGCCGCGGUUUCACCUCUUUAUGUCAACCGGCAGUCGGUUAGUGAAGCGGAGUUUGAAGAGCAAUACAUGGACUUGGCUUCAUGGUUGCGCCUGCUGCUUGUGCUACUGAUCUUGGCUUUUGCUUUCUUACUUUACUUGAACCAGAGAUUUACCAGGUCUGAUCCUCAUUGGAUCAGGUCAAGCAACUCUUCGUCAUAUGAGAGGCUGGUGGCAAUAGGUUUGGUCAUCUUAGGUGUGGUUUCACCUCUUUACAUCAACAGGGCAACGGUGAGCGAGCUAGAACCUGACGAGCAGCCCAUCAACUUUGCUUCUUGGCUGCCUUUGCUGCUAUUGAUAUUAAUCUUGGCCAUUGCUUUGUCGCUUUACUGUGACAGAAGCUUUACGAGGUUUGAUCCUAACUGGAUUCACAGAGUUGGUGGUUCUUCUGCUGGAAUCUUACUAAUUCUUCUGGUUCUGGCAUUUGUUUUGAAGUGUAAGGCUUCUGGUCUGAACUGAGAAGCUUGGUUGAAGUUGAACCUUGUGGAAACAGAAAGCGCUUUAUACACAGACAUAAGUAAUGAAACGUCUGUUUUUGCCUUGUCGUGGAGAUGAAGAUCCUCUGUUUCCUAGUUUCCAAUAUCAAACUAUCUCCUUGUAAGAAGCAAGAAUAUAAGGUUAAUUGUCAAACUGGUGUUUUCUCUGUAGUGUAUUCUUCUCUUCCUAAACAUCCGUAAUCCUUGUUAGAUUUAAAUUCUAGCUGUUGGGUUGGCCAAGAGAAAAACAGGGCACUGCACACUGCACUAUAAACGUAACCUCUAUAGCUGAUAACAUUGAAUGGAUGUAUGACCAAAAGAAAAUAUGGUUAGAACCCAUGUUUUAACCAUGCUGAACCGAUGCCAAAGGCCUUAUGGAAGAAAACCAGCAUUUAACUUCCACAGAGUUCCAAAUCGGAUUUGUUUUCUAAAUUGGAAUACAACGCCUGACACUGUCUUGUUUAACCUCUUGCCACAAUUUACUCUCAAGGUGUGAAUGUAGUUCGACAAUGUUUCCUAGUCACAAUAUGUAAGAUGCAUACUCUAGAUACUUUCAUGGAGCAGGGCAA